AUGCGGACAUUUUUCGCCUUUGCGAGUCUUCUCGCAUAUUUGUCGAGCUUUGUCUACGCUACGGCUUUGACGUAUAAGCUGGAAGCGCACGAGAAAGCAUGCUUCUUUACAAAUGUUGAGCACAAGGGGACAAAGGUUGCAUUCUACUUUGCUGUGCAAUCAGGUGGUUCUUUCGACAUCGACUACGCCGUCACUGGUCCCAGAGAGAGAGUUGUUCUAGACGGCACCAAAGAGCGACAGGGAGACUUUGUGUUCACGGCAAACGACGAGGGUGAAUACAGCUUCUGCUUCAACAACGAAAUGAGUACAUUUGCGGAAAAGAUGGUGGACUUUGAAAUCGCCGUCGAAAACGAAGUCCGCGCGCAACUCCCCUCGAAGCAGGGCGCCCACCCCGAACAGACCACCGUCCUCGAAGAAUCCAUGCUCAAGCUGUCCGCCCAACUCUCCACCAUCUCCCGCAACCAAAAGUACUUCCGCACCCGCGAGAACCGCAACUUCAGCACGGUCAAGAGCACCGAGAAGCGGAUAUUGAAUUUCAGCUUGAUGGAGGUGGCGCUCAUGGUUACGAUGGCGGGUCUUCAGGUCUUUGUCGUGCGCUUCUUCUUCCAAGGCGCCCGCAAGGGUUAUGUAUGA